AGCCGGACGCUGCUUCUGCCGCCGCCGCCGCCGCCGCCUCCGCCGCCUCCGCCUCCGCUCCUGUUGCCUCCGGCUCCUCACGCGCUCACGGACCGGGAGAAGCUAUCCUGGCGUCGGCUCCGGCGGGGAAAAUGGUGGAACCGGGGCAAGAUUUACUACUUGCUGCCUUGAGCGAGAGUGGGAUUAGUCCGAAUGACCUCUUUGAUGUUGAUGGUGGAGAUGCCGGACUUGCAACUCCUACUCCCCCUUCAGUUCAACAGUCAAUGCCACUUAGUGCAUUAGAUCUAGGUUUGGAGACAGAAGCAGCAGUUCCUGUUAAACAAGAACCAGAGGCAGUGUCUACUCCUGCUGCACUAUUAAAUGUGAGGCAGCAGCCUCCAUCCACUACAACCUUUGUGCUGAAUCAAAUCAACCAACUUCCAACCCUGGGCUCUACAAUUGUAAUGACUAAAACUCCACCUGCGACAACCAAUAGGCAAACCAUCACUUUAACCAAGUUUAUCCAGACCACGGCAAACACACGCCCUUCAGUCUCAGCACCAGCAGUACGAAAUGCCCUGCCCCCUGCUCCUUCUAAAGACCAGGUUCAGUUGAAGGAUUUACUGAAAAAUAAUAGUCUAAAUGAACUCAUGAAACUGAAGCCACCUGCCAACAUUGCUCAGCCAGUUGCAACUGCUGCUACUGAUGUCAGUAACGGUGCAGUAAAAAAAGAAUCUUCUAAUAAAGAAGUAGCAAGGAUAUGGAUAAAUGACAUGAAAAUGAGGAGUUUUUCCCCCACCAUGAAGGUUCCUGUUGUUAAAGAGGAAGAUGAACCGGAAGAAGAAGAUGAGGAAGAAAUGGGUCAUGCAGAGACCUAUGCAGAGUACAUGCCAAUAAAAUUAAAGCUUGGCCUGCGUCACCCUGAUGCAGUAGUGGAGACCAGCUCUUUGUCCAGUGUCACUCCUCCUGAUGUUUGGUACAAAACCUCCAUCUCUGAAGAGACCAUUGAUAAUGGCUGGCUCUCAGCGCUGCAGCUCGAGGCAGUUACCUACGCAGCCCAGCAACAUGAAACAUUCCUCCCUAAUGGAGAUCGUGCUGGCUUCUUAAUAGGUGAUGGUGCUGGUGUGGGCAAAGGCCGGACGAUAGCAGGGAUCAUAUAUGAAAACUAUUUGUUGAGCAGAAAAAGAGCAUUGUGGUUUAGUGUAUCAAAUGAUUUAAAAUAUGACGCUGAAAGAGAUUUAAAGGAUAUUGGAGCAAAAAACAUUUUGAUCCAUUCAUUAAAUAAGUUUAAAUACGGAAAAAUUUCUUCCAAACACAAUGGGAGUGUGAAAAAGGGUAUUAUUUUUGCUACCUAUUCUUCUCUUAUUGGUGAAAGCCAGUCUGGUGGUAAAUACAAGACCAGGUUAAAGCAGCUUCUGCAUUGGUGCGGUGACGACUUCGACGGAGUGAUAGUGUUUGAUGAAUGUCACAAAGCAAAAAACCUGUGUCCUGUUGGUUCUUCAAAGCCAACCAAGACAGGCUUGGCCGUUUUAGAGCUUCAGAACAAAUUGCCAAAAGCCAGAGUAGUUUAUGCCAGUGCCACUGGUGCUUCUGAACCACGUAACAUGGCCUAUAUGAACCGUCUUGGAAUAUGGGGUGAGGGAACUCCAUUCAGAGAAUUCAGUGAUUUCAUCCAAGCAGUGGAACGCAGAGGUGUUGGUGCCAUGGAAAUAGUUGCUAUGGAUAUGAAGCUUAGAGGAAUGUACAUUGCACGACAGCUGAGCUUUACUGGAGUGACCUUCAAAAUUGAGGAAGUUCUUCUUUCUCAGAGCUAUGUUAAAAUGUAUAACAAAGCAGUCAAGCUGUGGGUCAUCGCUAGAGAGAGAUUUCAGCAAGCUGCAGAUUUGAUUGAUGCUGAGCAGAGGAUGAAGAAAUCUAUGUGGGGUCAAUUCUGGUCUGCUCACCAGAGGUUUUUUAAGUACCUGUGCAUAGCAUCCAAAGUGAAAAGGGUGGUGCAGCUGGCCCGGGAGGAGAUCAAGAAUGGGAAGUGUGUGGUAAUUGGUCUGCAGUCUACAGGAGAAGCUAGAACUUUGGAGGCCUUGGAAGAGGGUGGAGGAGAACUAAAUGAUUUUGUUUCAACAGCCAAAGGGGUAUUGCAGUCACUCAUUGAAAAACACUUCCCUGCUCCAGACAGGAAGAAACUUUAUAGUUUGCUAGGAAUCGAUUUGACAGCUCCAAGUAACAACAGUUCACCGAGAGAUAGUCCCUGUAAAGAAAACAAGAUGAAGAAGCGGAAAGGUGAAGAAAUAACCCGAGAAGCCAAAAAAGCACGAAAAGUUGGUGGCCUUGCUGGUAGCAGUUCUGAUGACAGCGGAAGUGAGUCUGGUGUCUCUGACAGUGAAGAGAGCGACUGUGAGAGCUCUAAAAACAUGAGCUCUGGAGAUGAUGACGAUUUCAAUCCCUUCAGAGAUGAGUCCAGUGAAGACAACGAGGAUGAUCCUUGGUUAAUUAGGAAAGACCACAAGAAAAGCAAAGAUAAAAAAAAGAAGAAAAGUAUAGAUCCAGAUUCCAUUCAAAGUGCCUUGUUAGCAUCAGGUCUUGGUUCAAAGCGGCCUAGUUUCUCCUCGACGCCGGUCAUCUCACCUGCUCCCAACAGUGCACCAGCUAACAGUAACACCAACAGUAACAGUAGCCUUAUAACGAGUCAGGAUGCUGUAGAAAGGGCACAGCAGAUGAAGAAAGACCUGCUUGAUAAACUAGAAAAAUUAGCUGAAGACCUCCCUCCUAACACCCUGGAUGAACUUAUUGAUGCACUUGGUGGUCCUGAAAAUGUGGCUGAGAUGACUGGCCGCAAGGGCCGGGUGGUGAGCAAUGAUGAUGGACGCAUAUCUUACGAGUCAAGGUCGGAAGUUGAUGUUCCUGUGGAAAUUCUAAACCUCACGGAGAAGCAAAGGUUUAUGGAUGGAGAGAAGAAUAUUGCUAUUAUCUCAGAAGCUGCCAGCUCAGGUAUUUCAUUACAAGCAGAUCGGAGAGCUGUAAAUCAAAGGCGACGCGUUCACAUGACUUUGGAGUUGCCCUGGAGUGCUGAUAGGGCGAUUCAGCAAUUUGGAAGAACACAUAGGUCAAACCAAGUGACUGCUCCAGAGUAUGUCUUUUUGAUUUCGGAACUGGCUGGAGAGCAGAGAUUUGCAUCUAUUGUUGCUAAGAGACUUGAGAGUUUGGGAGCACUUACACAUGGUGACAGAAGAGCAACAGAGUCUAGAGAUCUGAGCAGGUUCAACUUUGACAACAAGUAUGGAAGAAAUGCUUUGGAAAUUGUUAUGAAAUCCAUUGUAAAUUUGGAUUCUCCUAUGGUCUCACCACCUCCAGACUACCCUGGAGAAUUCUUUAAAGAUGUUCGGCAAGGAUUGAUAGGAGUGGGCCUGAUUAAUGUGGAGGAUCGGUCAGGAAUUCUUACUCUGGAUAAAGACUAUAACAAUAUAGGAAAAUUCCUAAACAGAAUUCUGGGCAUGGAGGUGCAUCAGCAGAAUGCGUUGUUUCAGUAUUUCGCAGACACACUUACUGCAGUUGUUCAAAAUGCCAAGAAGAAUGGAAGAUAUGACAUGGGAAUCCUAGAUCUGGGUUCUGGAGAUGAGAAGGUGAGGAAGAGUGAUGUGAAGAAGUUUCUGACUCCAGGCUACUCAACCUCUGGCCAUGUAGAGCUAUACACAAUUAGCGUGGAGAGGGGAAUGUCCUGGGAAGAAGCAACCAAGAUUUGGGCAGAGCUGACAGGACCAGAUGAUGGCUUUUACUUAUCAUUGCAAAUAAGAAACAACAAAAAAACUGCAAUAUUAGUUAAAGAAGUAAACCCUAAGAAGAAACUGUUUUUAAUUUACCGACCAAACACUGGGAAACAGCUCAAAUUAGAAAUAUAUGCUGAUCUGAAAAAGAAAUAUAAGAAGGUAGUCUCUGACGACGCCCUGGUACACUGGCUGGAUCAGUACAAUUCCUCUGCAGACACCUGCACUCAUGCAUAUUGGCGUGGCAACUGCAAAAAAGCAAGUUUAGGAUUGGUAUGUGAGAUAGGUCUCCGCUGCCGCACAUACUAUGUAUUAUGUGGCUCAGUUCUGAGCGUCUGGACAAAAGUGGAGGGUGUUCUGGCCUCCGUCAGUGGCACGAAUGUGAAAAUGCAGAUAGUGCGGCUAAGAACAGAAGACGGACAACGGAUUGUAGGUUUGAUCAUUCCGGCAAAUUGCGUGUCUCCUCUUGUAAAUCUCCUGUCAACUUCAGACCAGUCUCAGCAGCUCGCAGUCCAACAGAAACAGCUGUGGCAGCAGCAUCACCCGCAGAGCAUCACCAACGUGAGCAACUCGUAAAGAGCAGCGGCUUCCACACGGCGUUGAAUGCUGUGAGAGCAUACCACUUGCAUAAAAAUCAGGGACAGUUUCCAAAGAAUUCUAUUUUUUUUUUCAGUUGUGCUCUCUAGUGAAUUUGGGGGGUUACGGACAAACCUGGAAUAGGCAGCAACGCUGACAGCAAGCAGCGGGAGGGUCGCGUGUCUUUCCUCUGGCUUCCUUGGGGCUGCCUGUGUGCUUUUACUUCGGGUGAGCAGAGCGGAUGUGUGUGCGCGAGCGGAUGUGUCUGUCUGUGAGUUUGUACAACGCUACAAGACCCCAGUUGGUUGAAAAUGCUUGGACCUUCCCAAACUGGCUUUACUUUUCCUUUCUACAGUGCUCAGGGUUAAUACAGUUCAUCCUUGUCAUUGCUGUGGGGGUUCCCCGGAUGCAUGUGUUCCAAGUCUCUCAAAACAGAAUAUAAGGAUUUGUUUCUUUUCCAACUUAAACAAUGUUUCCUACAGCAUGAAGUGAAGGGUUGCGUGCCAUGCAUUCAGGUUCUUUUGUAGCUUUUGUUGACAGUGCAUGUCUUUGAAAGCAUGUGUAAUCAAGAUUACCACAGAAGUCACGUUUGGAGAGCAGCAUUGGAGAUGUACAGCAUUGGAUAUUGCAUUUCUAGUGUUGAUACCUGGGUGUUGCUUCUAACCCUCAGCCCUGCCCGCUCCUCCCUGUCCCAGGUUUCUUGUCAAAGUAGUAAGUACAUACCUUUUUCUGUGAUAAAACUCUUUAAAAGUUUAUUUUUAUGUGUUAAUAGUAUUCCUAAUUUGUGCUGCAAAAAUGGCUAUAAGCCUUUUCAUAAGUUACGUUUUCCUUAACUUAAACAUAGUUUUAGGAAGAAGUAUGAUUGGCUUCCAUCUUGCACACAAUCUUUUUUACUUCAUUAUCUAAAUCUGCUUGGUCAUUCAAACCGGAAACCGUACUUGAGUUGUAAACUAGACAGUGAGCAAACACUUGGCUUCUGCUGUAUGUUGUUGUUGUUACCCAGUAACUUGAAUAUUGUUUAAUGUGCUGUAAGACAUUGUAGAGAUUAUCUCCAGCUGUUAAAAAUGGUAAUGUACAAAUGUGAAUAGACACUUAUCUAUAACAUGGGUAAGUUUUGUUUCGCCUAUAAUAGAUGUUUAUAAAAAACCAGUGAGGGGACAAUUGGUCUUUGUUUUUCCUCCCAGCUUCCCCUCUCCCCAUUUUUUCUACCCUUUUUUUUGCUUGCACAGGUUGCACUAUUGAAAAAUUGAGAUUGUAUAAAUCUGGUUAAAAGCUACAGGAUAUCAAAAUCUUGUGGAUGUUGAAUAAAAAAAGUUAUUGUACUAA